AUGAUACCUCGCGCACUCUCUGGGUAUGUCCUCCUGAGUCUUGCUGCCCUCGCCACGGGUGCGGCUCUCCACGCGACACAGCCGCAAAGAUCAAUCAGUGGUAUCCGUAACAGCAACCAACUUGUCACGGCGCAAGACGGGCUGAUAGCGCUGACUGCGACGCAAAACGCGCCUGGCAUCCUGGUCCUCGACUACGGUGUCGAGACAGAGGGAAUUCCAUCCUUUGAAGUUGUCAGCACCGUUGGCGACACGUCCGUGUUCGAGGUCACUUAUUCCGAGACGAAGGCCGCGCUGAGCCGCUACAUGGGCGAUGGGCCGCUUCCGCUUGCAGCUGCCAUGGACACAUACCGCGUCAACCAAUACAACAUCUCAGCGCCAGGGCAGAUAGUGAACCGCCUAGUACAGGGGGGGUUUCGCUACCAGAAGCUCAAUCUCUCCUCGGUCGGCGGACUUGUCCUUCGUAAUCUCGGCGUCACCCCGACCGUACAUCGGACUCCCCUUACAGAUCUUCCCGGAUCCUUCCGCACCUCCAACAGCGCUCUCAACGACAUCUGGACCGACGGAGCCAGAACGAUCCAGCUUAGUGAGAUCCCCAAGAAAUCUGUCCCGGACUUCUGGCAGGUUUCGAGUGAGGGCAUUCUGGUCGACAGCCAGGCUCCGCAAGCUGCUGUUGGCCUGGUUGCGGCGUCAUCGACCACCUAUAAUCUCGACUUCAAAGUAAAGGCCCUGAAAGGCGGGUUCGCUUUCAUCGUCCAGUCCGACACUCUGAACAGCGGCAUCUACAUCUCUGUGGACAUUUCUGAUGGAUCCAUUGCUGCUUAUCUCGGAGGCACUACCGAGGACACCUUGUUGGAGAAGAAAGCGCUUGCCGCGGGAGUGAUCGACAAGCUGGACGUCUGGUAUCAGGUCCACGUACAAGUUGCGGUCACCGAUAUCAAGGUAUCGAUCGACGGCAACACGGCUCUCGAGCUCACACAGACCAGCAGGUUCUUUGGCUCGUACGGGUUGGGUGCUUCGUUCGGCCACCGGGCCGUCUUCAGAGAGCUGAAAGUGACUGACGCCGCCGGUGCAACGACCUACGAGCACUCGCUCACCGACGAGACCUGCUUCAAUGACUUCCUGGUCGGCACAAACCCUCUUGAUACAUCGGUAGAUGCGACACGGCGGGACCGCAUCGCCUACACCGGCGACCUUGACAUUGCAGGAACUGCGGCCCUCGCAAGCACACACGGCCUAGAGUUCAUCCUGGGGACCUUGAAGCUCUUUGGCUCGCUUCAGGCCACGCCUGGAUUCUUCAUUCCCACGGCAAAGAUCCAGCAAGGCCCUGCGGCACCGAUGGAUUUCAACAUCACUGGUCUUAUCGGCUACUCGUGGAAUCUGCUGACCGCGGUCGCCCAGACAUAUACACACACUGGUGAUGUCGACUUCGCCAAGACGUGGGCGCCCAAAGUGCAGAGGAUGCUUGACUGGUCCCACUCGCAGCUGCAGCCAAGCGGGCUGUUCAACUUGUCGGAUGCUUCAUUCGGCGGUGACUGGAACUACUACGAACCAGUGCAGUCUGGCGCCGUUACCAAGUUCAACGUCCUCUACGCGUACGCUCUUCAGGAGACAGCGCAGCUGCUCACCGACGGCGGAAUCGACACGGCCCUUUGGAGCGAGGACCUCGGGGCGUACGUAAUGUCCGAGGUGAAUCGUGAUGGUUUUGCCCAGGACGCCAACGCCAUCGCCAUUCUCGCGGGUGUCAAUAUCGACCCCACGCACUCGUCCGAGCGAAUCCUGGCGACGCUGUCAGAGCAGCUCUCCACGCCUCGUGGGCCCCUGGCCUUCUCAACAGGAACCAUAACAACCUAUGGCUUUCAGCGCUACAUCAGCCCGUAUGCAUCAGGCUAUCACCUCCGCGCAGCCCUCGCGACUGGCAACAGCGCCGCGGCCCAGGAGUUGCUUGACACGCUGUGGGCGCCCAUGGCCGACAAGAACAAUGCCAACUACACGGGCUGCUUCUGGGAGACGCUCGAUGCCGACGGCGCGCCAGCGUUUGGGUUCCGCACGAGCCUCGCGCAUGGCUGGGCCGCUGGGCCAACCGCCGAGCUCAGCCGUUUCAUGCUCGGCGCCUCCGCGACCCGUCCCGGCUGGACGAGCUGGGCCGUCGCGCCGCAGACGCUCGGCGAGCGCUGGGCCCGUGGCAGGGUCCCGACGCCCGCCGGGCCGCUUCGGGUCGAGUGGGCGUUCUGCGGCGUCAGCGGCCUGCUCAGCAUGACCGUGCAGGGGCCUGAAGGGACCAAGGGCACGGUCAAGUUGCCUUCCCCGCUGCUCGUUGGCCUUUCCGAGAGCAGGAUCCUUGUCGAUGGCGUCAUGAUGGAGGGGACGUCCUUCGAGGUUCACGGCGGAACUCCUGUGCAAAUCGUCCAGUCGCAUGCUCAGCGCCGGGAGAAUUAGUACCCAAGCAUCCGACUAGCCAGUCCGCACACUUUGAGAUAUAAGAUACAAAGAUUUGUCGACGGCCGGUGUCCAG